GUGUUUCCGAUUUCCCGCUAGAUAACCACCCAUCCUGCCGCUGGGAAGAAACUCCAGGAGAAGCCUUUGCAACGUAAGGGUCAGAUGGGGCUUGACUUGUGCCGGGCAGCCCCCAGCUGUGGGAGUUUCGCCGAGGAGCAGAGAAGGCGACUGCAGAGUUGAGCGAGGCCAUGGCCACCACCUGGGGCUCCGUGACCGUGAAGGAGGAGGCGGAGGAGGCGGCGGCCGCCGCGCUUGGCCAGACGUCCGGCCAGCAAGUACCCUCUGAGAGCGCCCAGGGUCAGAACAUACUCUGGGACACGGCAGUGGUCCUGAAAGCAACACAGGAUAAGCCUGCUGCUCCACCUUUUGGCAGCUACUCAUUCCCAGGGACUCUGACUAGGAGUGGAAUACCGGAGACUCAUGGGAACAUGACCUCUCUAGGUAUUGAAACCAAGAAUCCACAGGUUUUGAUUCCCAAAACUGAAAUGUAUGGUGAGGCGGAAAAACCUUUUAUAAUACCAGGAAGAAGCCAGAAAGUUGGCCCUCAAGGACCUGACUUAGGUGAGACUGGUGAAAAAGGAAACAUGUUCACAAUGCAGAGAAUAAAGAGGGAAAAGAAAGAUUUCCGAGAACUGACCGCGAGAGACUGUCACAUACCUGAAGGCUUCAAAGAAGAGGAAGCUCAGAAAUGUCGGAGAUCUGCGGAAAGAUACAGCCUUAGUUCUGGCCCUGUUAGAAGUUCUCCAAAUCAGAAAAACCAGCCAGGCCAGAAGCCUUUUACAUGUAGUGUGUGUGGAAAAGGGUUCAGUCAGAGCGCAAACCUCGUCGUGCAUCAGCGGAUCCACACUGGGGAGAAGCCCUUUGAGUGUCACGAGUGUGGGAAGGCCUUCAUUCAGAGCGCAAACCUCGUCGUGCAUCAGAGGAUCCACACUGGACAGAAGCCAUAUGUUUGUUCAAAAUGUGGGAAAGCCUUUACUCAGAGUUCAAAUCUCACAGUGCAUCAAAAAAUCCACUCCUUAGAGAAGAAGUUCAAGUGCAGUGAGUGUGAGAAAGCCUUCAGUUACAGCUCACAACUUGCCCGGCACCAGAAAGUCCACAUUACAGAGAAAUGCUACGAAUGUAACGAGUGUGGGAAAACAUUUACUCGGAGCUCAAACCUUAUCGUCCACCAGAGGAUCCACACUGGGGAGAAGCCCUUUGCCUGUAACGACUGUGGGAAAGCCUUCACCCAGAGCGCAAAUCUCAUUGUGCACCAGCGAAGCCAUACAGGUGAGAAGCCAUAUGAGUGCAAAGAGUGUGGGAAAGCCUUCAGCUGCUUUUCCCACCUCAUUGUGCACCAGAGAAUCCACACCGCGGAGAAGCCCUAUGACUGUAGCGAGUGUGGGAAAGCCUUCAGUCAGCUCUCUUGCCUUAUCGUGCACCAAAGGAUCCACAGCGGAGACCUUCCGUACGUGUGCAGCGAGUGUGGGAAAGCAUUCACGUGCAGCUCCUACUUACUCAUCCAUCAGAGGAUCCACAAUGGAGAGAAGCCGUACACGUGUAGCGAGUGUGGCAAAGCCUUCAGGCAGAGGUCCAGCCUCACUGUGCACCAGAGGACCCACACUGGGGAGAAGCCCUACGAGUGUGAGAAGUGCGGCGCCGCCUUCAUCUCCAACUCUCACCUCAUGCGACACCACAGGACUCAUCUAGUCGAGUAGCGAGUAGAGGGGGGAUGACCCGCAGGCACCGGCCACAGUGGCCAGCACCCAGAACCAUAGGACUCAUCUUGUCCAGUAGUGAGUAGGGGGGGAUGAUCCGCAGACACGGCACAGCGGCCAGCACCCAGAACCACAGGACUCAUCUAGUCCAGUAGUGAGUAGGGGGGGAUGACCCGCAGACACGGCACAGCAGCCAGCACCCAGAACCACAGGACUCAUCUAGUCCAGUAGCGAGUAGGGGGGGAUGACCCGCAGACACAGCACAGCAGCCAGCACCCAGAACCACAGGACUCAUCUAGUCCAGUAGCGAGUAGAGGGGGGAUGACCCGCAGACAUGGCACAGCGGCCAGCACCCAGAACCACAGGACUCAUCUUGUCCAGUAGCGAGUAGAGGGGGGAUGACCCGCAGACACGGCACAGCGGCCAGCACCCAGAACCACAGGACUCAUCUUGUCCAGUAGCGAGUAGAGGGGGAUGACCCGCAGACACGGCACAGUGGCCAGCACCCAGAACCACAGCUCUGCUGUUUUCAUCCUCCUUGGUAGAGUGAAGCUCGCUCUGUCCUGAAAGGUGAGAGUUUAGUGCAGCACAAAACGAGUGUUUCAGAAGCUGAUUUACAGGCAAAUAUAAACUAAGUACCUCUGGCGGACUGCGUGUUUAACUGUACCUCAAGUGGAUACUUUGCCGAAAAUGGAAUGUGGUUUUCUUAGAAACGGGUCAUACAUAGCACAGCGAUGAAGACCCAUUUGGAGAAAUGUGGUUUUUACUUUAUUUUCCUUUUUAAAACUAGUGAAUGUUUAUCAAUAAGCAGGUUACUAGUAUAGGUCCACUUGGUAAAAGUUUGGAGCUUUGAACUUUGGGUUAAGUAGUGACUAGAUAAGGAAGCCACUUGGGGUAACAUUCAUAAGCAGUUUACCUCCAGCAUUCAUAAGAUUUUCAUUCCCUAAAAAAAAGGGGGGAAAAAAAUCUAAUAACUGUUUAAGGUUAAUUGGACAGAAAUAGGAAACAGCUGUUUGUUUCCUGGCCCUUCUGUAAGUCUCUCCUGACCGUUCCCAGUCUGGAAAGCCAAGCAUCUGGGGACACAGAUAUUGCUGGGCUGUAUUCUGCUGAGAUCAAUCACUCUCCAAAAAAAUGCCCAGUUCUUACUGCAUUCCAUUUGCGUGAGGGCCUGUAAACAGCGCCCUUCCCAGAUAGGGUAGUCAAGACUCAAAGCUUGCCAAGAGGCAUGCCCACAGUCUCCGUCUCAUCCCACUCCCGCUCAGCGGGGAGAUUUUGUGUGGGGCUUCAGGCUCACUUUCUAGGUGGUCUUCAGGUGAAAUGCUGAAUUUCCAAUUCUGAGGGGACAAAAGGAUGUGAGGGGGAGGAGGCAGAGUAGUGUCUGUCAAGGUUUAUUUUGAAAAGUUAAGAGGUAUUGGAAUGUGAAAAUGGUCACAAGAAUGAAGAAACUGGCAAAGGUAAGAAACCUUUAUUGAGUUUUAGUCCUGUGUGAACGUGUGAGACUGCGGCCACUGGCGCCUGUACAGUGCUGCCGUGCGCCCUUGGUGUGAGUGGCCACGCCUGGCCUCAGCUCAUCCCGUCCUGCAGAUCACAGCCUUGAUCUGAACCCGGAAGGGCUUCCCCUUAGUCACCUAUAUUCACAUCCAGGGCCAGACUGUAAACUGUCUGUCCCAUCAGGCUGCCUGUCUAGGUCUGUGGACAGCCUGAGAAAGGAGUAACUCACUUUCAGGUAAGGAGUGGAGAUGACAGGCCUCGGGGUGUGCCUCAGGCGGUCUUGCCAUCAGGCAGCAAGCGCACAUACGAGCCUGCACCUUCCGGCUUGUUCCUUCUCUCUGGGGUGUGUGUGUGUCUGUCUGUCUCAGUCAAGGAGGGGUUCACUUGCUGAAAGUGCCUCUGGGCCAACUUUCUCAGCUAGAAAGAGAUGCAGGGGAGGGCUGGGUGGUGGCACACCCAGUUAAGCACACAGAGGACCCGAGGAAGGAUCCUUAUCAGCAGGUGUCUGUCUUUCUCCCUCUCUCUCAGUUGCUCUUUCCCAUCCAUAAAAAUAGAAAAAGUUGCUUCCAGGAGCAGUGGGUUUGUGGUGCAGGCUCUGAGUCCCAGUGAUAACCCUGGAGGCAAGAGACAGGCACAGGAAGAGGGGAAAUAAAAUAGCCCAGCACUGGCGUUACCUCCAGUGGUGAGCGGCGGGCUCCAACCUGGGGAUUCUUCUGAUUUCUGUGUCUCCAGUUCUACUCGGCCUGCAGGAGCAUUAAUGGGAAUGUCGUGCCUCGCCGUGAACAGUCCGCACGAACUCGUACUUUUUAUUCUGCCUCUCGUGAGAAAGUAGAGACAUCAGAGCGCUGCUUCGCUCUGGCUUAUGGCGGUGCUGCGGGUUGAACGUAGGACAUCACAGCCUCAGGCGUGGGAGUUUUGCACGACCGUUAUGCUGUCUCCUUAGCUCUCGUCUCUCCUACUGGAUAGAACGCUUUAUAUAUGAGCACUGCUCAGCUCUGGCUUCUGGUGGUGUCGGGGACUGAACUUGGAACCUCAAAACUCAGGCAUGAGAGUCAGUUUGCAUAACCAUUAUGCUGUCUCCCUCGCCUCCUGGAUAAAAUUCUAGUCAGAAUAAUGUUUGAGAGUUGAACACUUGCACGUGAGGAGAGCAUAUAUGAGGAAGCUGUUGCCAUCUUCUGAAUUAAUUUUCCCCCUUUCAGUGCAGGUUCUUUUCCACACUUUUUAGUGACAAUGUUUUACAGGAUAAAAUGCGGGGGGUUGCCAUACCACACCCACCACCAACGUUGUGCCCAUCCCACCCGUCAGUAAUCACACAGUUCUCAGAAAGUCUGAGAGCCACAUGCAGCUUCCUUUUCUUCUAUCACUCUAACUCAAAGGUAAAAAUAAAAAAUGCCCAUGUUCUCAUUGAUCUGGACACUUUUCUGUUCCCCAUUUUUUUAAAAAGAUUUUUAAAAAUAUUCUAUUUUGUUGCCCUUGUUUUAUUGUUGUGGUUAUUCUUGUCAUCGUUGGAUUGGACAGAGAGAAAUGGAGAGAGGAGGAGAAGACGGGGAGAGAGCGACCCCUGCAGACCUGCUUCACCACCUGGGAAACGGCUCCCCUGCAGGCGGGGAGCCGGGGGCUCGAACGGGGAUCCUUGCGCUGGUCCUUGCGAUUGGCGCCACCUGCGCUUAACCCGCUGUGCUACCGCCCGACUUACUGUUCCCCACUUUAAAGUGGAAAGACCCGAUGAUAAUACCACGUGUCAGCUUAGAGCAAGUCAGGCUUAAGCUUCCAUGGUCAUGACACUCAGAGGCAGGACAGACCUCAAGAUAAAUUUGUGACCUUCAUCUACCAAAGGGUUUUUUCUUUUAAAUAUAUAUUUAUUCCCUUUUGUUGCUGUUGUUUUUUAUUGUUGUAGUUAUUGUUGUUAUCGUUGUUUGAUAGGACAGAGAGAAAUGGAGAGUGGAGGGGAAGAUGGGGAGGGAAAGAUAAACACCUGCAGACCUGUCUCACCGCCUGUGAAGUGAAUCCCCCCCAGGUGGAGAACUGGGGGCUCGAACCAGGAUCUUUACGCCACCUGCACCUCAGCCGCUGUGCUAUUGCCCGACUCCUCCUCAAAGGGGCUCUUAAUAUACUUUCCUCAGAUGUCAGCUGUGGUUUUAUUAGAAUUAUGCUAAUCUUCAUCCUUGUAACCGAAUAUCCUGUCAUGGGCAGUUAUGAUUUCUUGGCUGAAGAUCCCACUUACAGAUGAUUCACUAGUGGCGGCUCUUCAGUCCCGUCUGCCUGUGGUGGUGGUGGUGAUUGAGUCCUGUAGCCAAAGUCAGUCUUUCAUGUCUCACUGACUUACCCUAACUAAAAGUUGAAAAUAAAAACCAGCAUUGUUAAGCCUAUAUGAAAAUAUUGUCCACUGCAGAAUUAAGUUCUGUAAUCACUUUUUUUUUUUUUUUUACCAGAGUACACUGCUCUGCUCUGGUGGUGAGGGGGAUGGAACCUGGGACUUUGGAGCCUCGGGCGUGAGUCUUUGCAUAACCAUUAUGACCCACAUUUCCUUUUUUUUUUUUUUUUUUUGUAACAGCAUGUUCCUGAAGAAGCCUCCCCCUGCCCGUUCUGUUUAUAUAUAUAUUUUUUUUCUUUUUAGCGUAUUUGGCUAGUUUCAAAUGUCCCCAGCAGAGACUGCUAGUGCCCUUCCUCACCCUGCAUAUCCCUCCCUCCCAUAGACCUGCAGCCAGCAUUCUGAGCCGGGCCCUGCUCCUUCCGCUUGUCCUUGUCCUGCCGCUGUGUGGGGCUUCAUUUGGUCGGAGCCCCACGUUCUUCCUGUGAUCUCCCUCACUCAUCACGGCUCCAGGUGACCUGCCAGGGUACAGUGCAUGAACGCUGCAAGUGUUCAGUGCUCACGUCGAGAGAGAAGCACCUCUCCCUCAUAUUUAAAUUGUCGUGGGACGCUAGGAUUGUAGGUAGAAAAGCUUUCUUCAGGAGGUGGCUUGACCGCAGCAGACACAUCUGUAAACUAGAGCUUGAAGCCAGACGCUGUGCCCCUGGAGGCGCGGCGGGUAAAGUGCUCUCAGGUAGGAGUCCCGGCAACACAGCCUGUCACGGUGACGUGUGGCUUGCACUUCUACCCUCAUAAAUAAAAUCUUAAAAGGGGAAAAAA